UGAAUAGAAGCCUUACCCUCCUUUACCACCUUCACCUGAGGCCCCAGUAGGUGAUUGGCUGAGGCUUCAGUGGAAGCUCCACUCCCAGCCUGGGGAGUUAGAAUAUAUGCUCCGGACGGGGAGCAGACCUCACCUGCGUUACCCACACAAUGUGGGCUCAACUCCUGCUGGGAAUACUGGCUCUAUCACCAGCUAUUGCAGAACAACUCCUUCCAAACUACCUGGUGACAUUACCAGCCCAGCUUCACUUUCCCUCUACUCAGAAGGUUUGUUUGGAUCUGAGCCCUGGGUACUAUGAUGUAAAAUUCACUGUUACUCUGGAGACCAAGAACAAGGCCCAGAACUUGCUAGAACACCGUGGAAUGAGGAAGAGGCACUUACACUGCAUGUCCUUUUUGGUACCACCUCCUGCAGGUGGCACAGAAGAAGUGGCUACAGUCCGGGUGUCAGGAACUGGAAAUAACAUCAGCUUUGAGGAAAAGAAAACAGUUUUAAUUCAGAGGCAGGGGCAUGGCACCUUUGUGCAAACUGACAAACCCAUCUACAAGCCGGGGCAGCGAGUGCACUUCCGCAUCGUCACCCUGGACAGCAACUUUGUUCCAGUGAAUGACAAGUAUUCUAUGGUGGAACUGCAGGAUCCAAAUAGCAACAGGAUUGCACAGUGGCUGGAAGUGGCGCCCGAGCAAGGCAUUGUGCAGCUAUCCUUCCAACUGGCACCAGAGGCAACGCUGGGCACCUACACCGUGGCAGUGGCUGAGGGCAAGACCUUCGGCACCUUCAGUGUGGAAGAAUAUGUGCUACCUAAGUUCAAGGUGGAAGUGGUCGAGCCCAGGCAGUUAUCAACCAUGGAGGAAUCUUUCUUAGUAAAAAUUUGUUGUAGGUACACCUAUGGAAAACCUAUGCUAGGGGCAGUGCAAGUAUCAGUGUGUCAAAAGGCACAUAAUUACUGGUUUGGAGAGGCAGAAAGGAAACAGCUACCUGACAAAUGCAGGAACCUCUCUGGACAGACGGACAAAGCAGGAUGCUUCUCAGCUUCUGUGCACAUGUCCACCUUCAACCUCACUGGCUAUAUGUACAGACACAGCAUCAAUAUUGUGACUACUGUGGUGGAGGAAGGGACAGGCGUGGAGGCCAAUGGCACUCAGGAAAUCUACAUUUCUUCACAAAUAGGAUCAAUGACCUUUGAAGACACCAAUAAUUAUUAUUACCCCAAUUUUCCCUUCAGUGGGAAGAUAAGAGUUAAGGGCCAUGAUGGUUCCCUUCUCAAGAAUCAUGAAGUGUUUCUGAUGAUUUUGGGCAUAAAUGCAACCAUCAACCACACCUUAGUUACUGACAACAAUGGCCUCGCUUCCUUCAAGCUGGAUACGGUUCAUUGGAAUGGGACAGACAUUUCUCUGCAGGGCAGGUUCCAAAUGGAAGAUUCAGUAUAUAAUCCAGAGCAGGUGCCUCGAUACUAUCAGGAUGCCUACCUGCACCUGCAACCCUUCUACAAUACAACACACAGCUUCCUCAGAAUCAAGCGGCUAAAUGGCACCUUGCAAUGUGGGCAGCCCCAGGAAGUGCUGGUGGAGUAUGACAUUAAUCCAGCUGAUGCAAACCCUGACCAGGAAAUCACCUUCUCCUACUAUUUAAUAGGGAAAGGACGUUUGGAGAUGGAGGGGCAGAAACACAUGUACUCCAAAAAGAAAGGACUGAAAGGCUCCUUCUCUCUCUCACUGACCAUCAAUUCCAGGCUUGCCCCUGAUGCUUCUUUGGUGGUCUAUGCCAUUUUCUCCAGUGGAGGUGUUAUAGCUGACAAAAUUCAGUUCUCAGUAGAGCUGUGCUUUGACAAUAAGGUUUCCCUUGGCUUCUCACCUUCCCAGCAGCUUCCAGGAUCAGAUGUGGACCUACAGCUGCAGGCAGCUCCAGGAUCCCUUUGUGCCAUCCGAGCUGUGGAUGAGAGUGUCUUACUACUUAGGCCAGAGAGAGAGCUGAGUAACCACUCUGUCUAUGGGAUGUUCCCAUUCUGGUAUGGUUACUACCCCUAUCAGGUGGAUGAAUAUGAUGAGUGCCCAGUGUCUGGCCCAGCGGACCUUCCUCAGCCCCUCACUGUCCCUGUGCCUGAAGAGCGUUGGAGCAGGCGUUCAGUUAUGCCGAGAUAUUGGUUCUCUAGAGGCAUGGACCUUUUCAGGUUUUUUCAGAACAUGGGACUGAAAAUACUGUCCAACGCCAAAGUCAAGAAGCCAGUUGAUUGCAGUCACCAUUCUCCAGAAUACGGCAGAGUAAUUGGUGGAAGCUCCUUAGAAAGUGAUCGUAAUACUCCACUGGCUUUUGGGUCCUCAUCUUCAUCAAUUCCAUCAGAGGAUUCUCAGGUUCGCCAGUACUUCCCAGAGACGUGGCUCUGGGAUCUGCUUCCUAUUGGUAACUCGGGGAAGGAGGCUCUCCACCUCACUGUUCCUGAUACCAUCACCAAGUGGAAGGCCAUGACUUUUUGUACCUCCCAGUCCAGUGGCUUUGGUCUUUCACCCACUGUUGGACUAACUGCAUUCAAGCCGUUCUUUGUAGAUCUGACUCUCCCUUACUCAGUAGUUCGUGGGGAAUCCUUUCGUCUGACUGCCACCAUCUUCAAUUAUCUAAAGGACUGCAUCACGGUUCAGACAAACCUGGCCAAAUCAGAGGAGUACCGGGUGGAAUCAUGGACAGAUUCUCAUGCUUCCAGCUGUCUCUGUGCUGAUGAAGCGAAAACCUAUCACUGGAAUAUCACAGCUAUCAAACUGGGUCAUGUAAACUUUACUAUCAGUACUAAGAUUCUGGACAGCAACGAACUCUGUGGGGGCCAGAAAGGGUUUGUUCCAGCAAAGGGCCGGAGCGACACACUCAUCAAACCAGUUCUGGUCAAGCCUGAGGGAGUUCUUGUGGAGAAGACACACAGUUCAUUGCUGUGCCCCAAAGGAAAAGUGGCUGCAGAAUCCAUCUCCCUGGAACUCCCUGUGGAUGUUGUUCCUGAUUCAACCAAGGCUUAUGUUGCCGUUCUGGGAGACAUUAUGGGCACAGCCCUGCAGAACCUAGACAAUCUGGUGCAGAUGCCAAGCGGCUGCGGGGAGCAGAACAUGGUGUUGUUUGCUCCCAUUAUCUAUGUCUUGCAGUACCUGGAGAAGUCAGGGCUGCUGACCAAGGAAAUCAGGUCCCGGGCAGUAGGUUUCCUGGAGAUAGGGUACCAGAAGGAGCUAAUGUACAAACACAGCAAUGGCUCAUACAGUGCCUUUGGGGAGAAGGAUGGAAAUGGAAACACAUGGCUGACAGCCUUUGUCACCAAAUGCUUUGGCCAAGCUCAGGAAUUCAUCUUCAUUGAUGACAAGAACAUCCAGGAUGCUCUCAAGUGGAUGGCGGGAAAUCAGCUCCCCAGCGGCUGCUAUGCCAAUGUGGGAAAGCUCAUGCACACAGCUAUGAAGGGUGGUGUUGACGAUGAGAUCUCCUUGACGGCAUAUAUCACAGCUGCAUUGCUGGAGAUGAAAAAGACCACAGAUGACCCAAUGGUGAGUCGGGGACUGCAGUGUCUCAGGAAUUCUGUCUCCUCCACCACCAACCUCUACACACAGGCCCUACUAGCUUAUACUUUCUCUCUGGCUGGGGUGAUGGACAUCAGAGACAUUCUUCUGGAACAGUUAGAGCAGCAGGCUAUCAUCUCAGGAGAGUCCAUUCACUGGAGCCAAAAACCUACUCAGCCAUCGGAUGCCAGUCCUUGGUCUAAGCUGGAGGCUGUAGAUGUGGAACUUACGGCAUAUGUAUUGCUGGCUUGGCUUAGCAAAGCCAAUCUGACUCAAAAGGAAAUAGCCAAAGCCACUGGUAUAGUGGCUUGGUUGGCCAAGCAACGUAAUGCAUAUGGGGGCUUCUCUUCCACUCAGGAUACUGUAGUUGCUCUCCAAGCUCUGGCCAAAUAUGCCACCACUGCCUAUGUGCCAUCUGAGGAGGUCAACCUGGCUGUAAAGUCCACUGAGAAUUUCCAGCGCACUUUCAGUGUUCAGGCUGCCAACCGGUUGGUAUUUCAGCAAGAGACUCUGCCCAACGUCCCUGGGGUAUACACCUUGGAGGCCACAGGACAGGGCUGUGUCUAUGUGCAGACAGUGCUGAGAUACAAUAUUUUCCCUCCUAAAAAUGUGGAGACCUUUAGUCUUAGUGUGGAAAUGGGAAAAGCUAGAUGUGAUCAACCAACUUCACCUCGAUCCUUGACUCUCACUAUCUGCACAAGUUAUGUGGGCAGUCGCAGCUCUUCCAAUAUGGCCAUUGUGGAAGUGAAGAUGCUUUCUGGGUUCAAUCCCAUGGAGGGCACCGAUCAGUUACUUCUCCAGCAACCACUGGUAAAGAAGAUUGAAUCUGGAACUGACACACUUAACAUUUACUUGGAAGAGCUCAGUAAGAAGACUCAGACCUAUACCUUCACCAUCAGCCAAAGUGUGUUAGUCACCAACCUGAAACCAGCAACGAUCAGAGUCUAUGAUUACUACCUACCAGAUGAACAAGCAAUAAUUCAGUAUUCUGAUCCCUGUGAAUGAGGAUAGAAGUUGGGAAGAAACUGCAUCAAUCCUCUGUGACAUUAUUGGACAGCAUUCUUCUGCCUCCUAAAGCAGAACUCAUUCCAUCAGAUAAUUUGAUUUCUCUGAUUGUCUAGUGAGUGGGUAACACCCCGCCUGGAGCUCAGCUACUUCUGACUACUUCACAGAUACUUAGAUGCCAAAAUAAAGGGUUGGGGGAGAAGAGCUAGGAAUGGUCACACGAAGUAGCAAUCACAGAGGAAAGAUUGCUGGGGGAGAUGUGGUUUAGCCAGUUAGGGGACGCUCCAGAGAGGAGAUGGUGGUAGAGAGUGGUACAGGGAGGAUAAGGAUGUCUUCCUAGAGGUGAAAUCUAAGGGAAGAUGUAAUUUAGGGCUUUGGGAGUAGACUAAAUAAAUAAAUAAAUCUUUUCUUGAAAAGAAAA